AUGAACAAGCUUGUUCUUUCUGGCUGUGUAGUUGUCCCAACAAUUUUUUCUUCUUUCAUUUUGCUUUAUCUUUUUAUUGUCCUCUUAAACAUCUUUCUUCAUUUUUUUUCCUUUACCAUUUUUUCCUUCAAGCAUCUUUACCUUUUUCAUUUAUCAACACUCUUCGUUCUUUUAUUCUCCAACAACAUUUUUCAUUCUCAUUAUGUCAGCUAUCUGCCUGCUUCAUCCUUUAUCUUCUUCAUCUUUCUUCAAUUUUUUUCUUCUUCAUUAUUCGUUAUCUGCUUCUUCAACAAUUUUCAUCAUCAUCUUUCUUUAACCUUUUUCUUCAUCUUCUGUUUCGUCAUCAUCAUUUUUCAAUCUAUAUGUUCAUCAACAUUCUUCAUCCUGCUUCAUCUUUCUUUAUUCUUCCUAAUCUUUCGUUAUCUUAUUGAUAUUUGCCCUGAUAUGCUCUGCUUCUUAUUUUUAACAACACAUUCAUAUCCUAAUGCAAUCUUUUUCAGAAAUGAUGCAAUCCAAGGGGAAAUUUGUUGCCUAUAA